AUGUACGACACCACCUGGAAAUUCCACCGCGACCUUCCGGCGACGCGCGUCUUCGCCUACGGCACCAGCAAGGAGACCGCCACGGUGCCUGGCCCCACCAUCGUGGCCAUGCGGGGCGUCCCCACGCACGUGACGUGGGCCAACCACCUCCCGGCGCGCCACUUCCUCCCGUGGGACCCCACGCUGACGACCGCGGCGGCGCCCGACGGCCGCGGCGUCCCCACGGUCGUCCACCUCCACGGCGGCGUGCAGCACUCCUCCGACGACGGCCACUCGCUGGCCUGGUUCACCAGCGGGCUCGCAGCCACGGGCCCGAGCUUCUCGCCGCCGCCGUACGCGUACCCGAACCGGCAGCCUCCCGGGAACCUGUGGUACCACGACCACGCCAUGGGCCUGACGCGCGUCAACAUCCUGGCGGGGCUCAUGGGCGCGUACCGCGUCGCCAGCCCCGCCGAGGAGGCCCCGCUGAACCUGCCGUCGGGGGAGGCGUUCGACCGGAACCUGGUGCUGUUCGACCGCGACUUCCGCGCCGCCGACGGGGCGCUGUUCAUGAACCGCACGGGCAACAACCCCGGCGUGCACCCGCAGUGGCAGCCGGAGUACUUCGGCGCCGUCGUCGUCGUCAACGGCAAGGCGUGGCCGUACCUCCGCGUGCGCCGCCGCCGCUACCGCUUCCGCAUCCUCAACGCCAGCAACGCGCGCUUCUUCCGCCUGUCGCUCUCCACGGGGCUCCGCUUCGUGCACGUCGCGUCCGACUCGGUGUACCUCGCCAGGCCCGUGGCGACCGACAAGUUCCUCGUGGCGCCGUCCGAGAUCGCCGACGUCGUCGUCGACUUCGCGGAGGCGGCCGCCGACGCGGACGCGGUGGUCCUCAGCGACGACGCCCCGGCGCCGUACCCCGGCGACCCCGGAGACAAGGCGGAGACCGUCGCCGUGAUGAAGUUCGUGAUCGAGGGCGGCGCCACGGGCACGGAGCCGGACACCUCGGCCGUGCCGGCGACGCUGAUGCCGCACUACCCGAGGCCGGACGCGCGCGAGGCGGCCACGACGCGGCGCAUCACCAUGUACGAGUACACCAAGGCCGGCACGGACGAGCCGACGCACCUGUACCUGAACGGGCGCUCGUACAUGGACCCGGUGACGGAGACGCCGAGGGAAGGCACGUCGGAGGUGUGGGAGGUGAUCAACCUCACGGACGACAACCACCCGCUGCACGUGCACCUGGCGGUGUUCGCCGUGCUGGAGCAGCGCUCGCUGCGGCGCGUGGACGAGUUCAGGGACUGCAUGAAGCGCCGGAACGACGCGCGCGCGUGCCGGCUCGACCGCCACCUGGCCGGCGGGCGGAGGCACGUCGUGCCGCGGCAGGAGCGCGGGUGGAAGAACGUCUUCAAGGUGCGGCCCAGCGCGGUGACCAGGAUCCUCGUGCGAUUCAAGCCGCUCACUGACGCCGCGUCGCCGGAGGAGAGCCGCUUCCCCUUCGACGUCACCACUGGUCCGGGUUACGUGUACCAUUGCCAUAUUUUGGACCACGAGGACAACGAGAUGAUGAGACCGAUGAAGAUUGUGCGUUGA